AUGGCAGAUUCAAUAUUUUCUUCUAUUUCAGAUUUAUUAUUACUGGUCAUUGCCGUUUUGGCAGUGACGGAGAACGCUUUUGCCGAAAUACACGAAAUUCCCACAAAAUGUCCAGAAUCUGCAGGCAAAACCGUACAGCUCGCUCACGAACACGAUUGUACCAAGUUUUACGAGUGUUCCAAUGGACAGAAGCUACUCUCGAAUUGCCCAGAAUUUGCUUCGGGACAGAAGCUACAUUUCGACCCUGAACUUCAAAAUUGUACUUUCCCAUGGGAGGCCAAUUGCGCGUCAAGAGCUUCGGAUUGUUCAAAGGACGGAUUCAUACAACCUCAUCCCACCAACUGUAGCCUAUAUUACAAAUGCGAGAACGGGGAAAAAGUCUUAAAAGCGUGCGACGAAGAACAGCUGUUUUGUUCUGAGUCUCUAGAAUGCGUAGACAAGCUACAGUGCGAUAUACCCGAGAACGUUGGCGGCUGCAACGGUGAUCAACCAACUACCACGACUACGACUACGACAAGGCGCCCAACUACAACUACCACUACAGGGUGGCUCUCGUUCGAUUGCAUUGAAGGAAACCAAAUGCCUUACGAGUGUAACUGCUAUGAAUAUUAUGUAUGUCGCAACGGAAGUUACCAACGGAUGAGAUGUCCCUCAGGCGAAAAGUUUGAUAGGGCAGAGAGGAAAUGUAUGUCAGAAAACAUUGCUGAAUGUCAUCCCUUUGGAAACAACGGAUGCCAAGGUAGUUGUUCGUCAAGUAGUGACCAGUUGCCCCACAGGGAGUGCAACAAGUAUUGUACAUGCGAUAGUGGAACUACCACAGUUCGAAAUUGUCCCAGGCAUACGUAUUACGAUCGGUACAGACAAAUUUGCAACUGGCCAGAAGACAUACGGGACUUGCCGGCGCAUUGUGAUCCUACCGACUGUAGUUUCGGUAACAAUUAUGUUCCUCAUGACUGUUACUGUGAAAAAUAUUAUGAUUGUUCAGGCAAUGGGAAAUUUCUUCAGAUGUGUAAAAGUGGAGAAUACUUUGACUAUGCAGAAGAAAAAUGCGUUGACAGUAAAUAUGCUCACUGUUAUGUAAAGAUUUGA